CAAUUAAUUGGACUUAAUUAUUACGACAAAGAAGGAAGAAAAAAAAGAUGUAAAGUCAACGUCACACAUGAUCGCGCCUUUGCUUAAGCUUAAUUCCCUCUAUAUUUUUGGUAACAAUAUCAUCAGUUUUUGGUAGGUGUAGUAGUGUUUACGCAGUCGUGUAAUAACUGGACGUGAAGCAAAAUGGGAUGGGUAGAGUUGAGUGUGGGGAUCAUAUGGUUUAUCUCUGUAUUAAUCCCUUACGGCGUCGUUUCUAGUUUCGAUGUCAGCUCCGUUCACAGAAGCAUGCUGCUGCCGCUCUUCCCUCCUAAACACACUUCACGGCAUCGACACCUCCGUCAAAGCGCUCGCAUGUCUCUCCAUGACGAUCUCCUCCUUAACGGAUAUUAUACAACUCAUAUUUGGAUUGGAACACCACCACAGAAGUUUGCUCUAAUUGUUGAUACAGGGAGUACCCUUACCUAUGUUCCGUGCUCCUCUUGUAAGAAGUGCGGCAACCAUCAGGAUCCUAAGUUUCAGCCGGAAAUGUCAAGCACUUAUCGAUCUGUGAAAUGUAAUAAGGCUUGUCCCUGUGACCAUAAGAGGCAGCAAUGUAUUUAUGAGAGACGGUACGCUGAGAUGAGUGGAAGUUUCGGGUUGCUUGGAGAUGACAUCAUAUCUUUUGGAAAUCUAAGUGAGCUCGGACCACAACGAGCUGUUUUUGGAUGUGAACUUGAGGAAACUGGUGAUCUUUACAGCCAACGUGCUGAUGGUAUAAUGGGCUUGGGUCGAGGUGAUGUCAGUAUAGUCAAUCAACUUGUUGAAAAACAUGUAAUCAGUGAUUCUUUCUCCUUGUGCUAUGGAGGAAUGGAUUUUGGUGGCGGGGCAAUGGUUCUUGGUGGAAUAAAACCCCCUGCUCACAUGGUCUUUACCAAAUCAGAAAUUGGUCACAGCCCAUACUACAAUAUUGAGCUGAAGGAUAUACAUGUAGCUGGGAAGCCGCUGAAAAUAAAUCCGCGGGUUUUUGGUGGAAAACACGGGACUAUUCUUGACAGUGGUACCACCUAUGCUUACCUGCCAGAAGCAGCAUUUGUUGCUUUCAAGAGUGCUAUACGGAAAGAGCUUCGUUCUCUAAAACAGAUCAAAGGGCCCGAUCCUAGUUUUAAGGAUAUCUGCUUUUCAGGUGCUGGAAGUGACAUAUCGCAACUCUCAAAGAACUUCCCUUCUGUUGAUAUGGUAUUCAGCGAUGGAAAUAAACUAACUCUCUCUCCUGAAAAUUACUUGUUCCAGCACUUCAAAGUACGUGGCGCUUAUUGCCUAGGAAUUUUCCCGAAUGGAAAGAAUCCAACUAGUCUUCUUGGAGGAAUCGUUGUUCGCAACACUCUUGUAACUUAUGAUCGUGAAAAUGAAAGAAUUGGUUUUUGGAAAACUAAUUGUUCAGAGUUAUGGGACAGACUCAAUUUAUCUCCUCCACCUCCACCUCCACCUCCACCACCGCUUUCAGGCUUGGAUAACCCAAACUCCUCUGUGCAUAUGUCUCCUUCACCAGCUCCUAGUGGACCUCCUGAGUUCGAUAUACCUGGGGAGAUUAAAAUUGGGCUCAUUACAUUUUACUUGUCACUAAGUGUCAACCCCUCAGAGUUGAAGCCACGCAUUCCAGAACUUGCCCAUUUCAUUGCCCAAGAGUUGGAUGUUAAUGUUUCACAGAUUCGCUUAAUGAACUUUUCGAGGAAGGGAAAUGAUUCCCUCACUAAAUGGGCCGUCUUUCCAGCAGGAUCUACCAACUCUAUGCCAAAUGCCACUGCAAUGGAAAUAAUAAGCAGGUUGGAUGAACAACACCCACAUCUACAGGAUUCCUUUGGAAGUUAUAAAUUGUUCGACUGGCGCAUUGAACCUCCAUCAAAAAAGAAGCUUUGGCCGCGAAACUACUUAGUCCUAGUGGUACCAUUUUUAGUUGUUUUGAUACUUGGAUUAUCAGCUCCUGUUGGAUGGUUAAUUUGGAGGCGAAGGCAAGAAUCGGCUCUUCCUUAUGAACCGGUCGGAAGUGUUGAAACUGUUGCCCAUGAGCAAGAACUGCAGCCACUAAAAUGAUAGGAAUUAUUUGCUUCGGACGAUUCAUGGUAAAAAGGAAAUUUUUGAAGUGAAACUGUUGAUCUUCUACAGAGUAAUAGAGGAAAAUAUAGGAUUUGGACUUUAUGGGAUUCAGUUCGAAAUUCUACACAUCCCAUUUGAUGUAGCGGGUUCGAAAUUAUUUGUACUUAUUUAGUAAAUUCUCAACACAUGUACAUGGUCUGAGCCAAAGCUACUCGUUUUGGAUGAAGCCAUAACAUAUACGCUAUACAUACAUCCUGAUCUUUUAACCUCUGUAACAAGUUGAAUCAAAGUGAAGAAUUACACCGGUCACA